AUGUCUUCCGCUCUCGCUGCUGCCGCUGCCGCUGUCACAAUAUUCACAGCACCAGAGAGGAGGAGGAGGAGGAAAACUUUUCAAACUUUCCAGACCCUGAAUAAAGGGUUUUUUUUUUUUCCCACCGACCUCACCUUCGGGUCCCCAGCCGCAUCGCCCCCUGCCCUGUCAGAAGCGACUUCGGGAGUCCUCGCAGCCCCGCCAGCCAUUGUAGUGUAUGCGCUGCCCCUGCAGCCCAACUUGCAGCUGCCGCCGCCGCCGCCGCCGCCGCCGCCGACGUCGCGCCCACCGCUGCCUCCCCCUGCCUUGGUCCCCCGCCCUACCUCCCCAGCGGCCGCAGAAAAGCGGGAAGACAGGGGUGCCCUUGGGCCGCAGCGGGGCCCGAAUCCACUUCUGCGGCGCGGAGGCGCUCCCGCCAGGUUUCGCCGCAGCGCGAACCUCUUCCCGUUGCUCUUCCUCCUGCCACAGGGGUCUGUUCGCUCCGGGGGCGAGGAAGAUGACCCCUGCCUAGUCCGGGCAACCCUAGCUCUUCUUCUACUCUCCUUCUCUGUAGCCUCUGAAGCGCAGUUGCCGGCCCCACCCCCAGUUCCCUGCGUUUUCCUCGCCCCUUGCCUCUUUCGGCAUGGUCUCAGGGCACAGCAAGGUGUGUUCACCUGUGCGCACCGUCCAGGAUCAGACGCUGGCGGGCUACACCGCGGAAGGCGGCGAGGCCUCGGGUUCGCCCCUUGUUUCUCCUAGCCCUGCCCGCCCACCUCCGGCGCCACCCUUGACUUCUUACCCUCUGCACCUGGCAGUGGGUUAACGGCACGGCGUGUGCAGCUUCCGGGUUUAGAAGAACCGCGGACCCUGCCCGGGCUCCGACCCCGGGGCGUGUGGGCAUGAACGUGUUCAGAAACGUUCCCAUCCCCCUGCCCUUUCAAAGCUACUUAGGGGGGACGUGAACCACUGGAUGGGAAAUCAAGAACUGCUUUAUUAAGCAGU